CAGAAACAAACAAACGUCUCUCAGAGCUCGCUGGCGUCCACGGAUCCUUAUCAGCAAGAAACACACGCAGGAUUUCCUGAGUGUUCCGCACUUAAAGAGCAGGGAACCGGACCACCGGAGCGCAGACCGGGAGAGGAGCGUGGCGGGGAGCACCGAGCUCCUUCUCCCUCUCUCUGUCUCUCUCUCGGUCUCUCUCUCUCUCGCCCUUUCACUCUCUCUCUCUUUGCUGAAAGUGUUAUAAGAAACCAUGGAACGAUGGAGAGAGGCCACAAAGCCACGAGGUACGUCCAGCGAGAGCGGAGUGAAGCCACGUGUGAGGAGGUAGAGUCAUUAUUCUGCCUGGAGGUGAACAACAACCCCACAGAAACAUCUGCCAGAACCUCAAAGAACAAAGGAGAGAGGGAACAAGAGAGAGAAGCAGAGAGAGAGAGAGAGAGAGAGAGAGAGAGAGAGAGAUGUACUGUGCAGUUCUUCUCUCCUCUGUUCUUUUCUCGCUCCACGCAAGCUGCACGCCUCAGUUCUAUGGUCACCAUGGCAGGAGAGUGUGUGUUGGCAGUGCUGGCAGCAGUAGAGUGGUCACCAGUACAGAGUCCUUCAUUCAGCCUGUACACACCCCCUAUAUCACUAUGUGCCCCACCCACCGGAUCUGCAGCACUUACAAAACAGUAUACAAGGUGUCCUACAGGCAGAUGACCAGAUCAGUGCCCAUUUCAUCCUUUUACUCAGAAUGCUGUCCAGGCUGGCGGCGCCUGCACUCACACAACUGUAACCAAGCGUUGUGUGUGCAGGAGUGUACGAAUGGAGGAUCCUGCAUAAGGCCGAAUCAUUGCGCCUGCCCGUUAGGCUGGACGGGGCGCUACUGCCAAAUAGAUGUGGACGAGUGUAAGGGGUCACAUGGUUGCACUCAGCAGUGCCUGAACUCUGCAGGAAGUUAUCGGUGUGCAUGCUCGGACGGAUUCCGCUUAACGGAAGAUGGACGGACGUGUCGGAGCAAUCCUACACCCUCCCCACCACCCCCCACCCCCAGCAGCGAUGCAGGUGGAGGUGGACUGGGGGAGAAUGUUACAGAAGAAGUUCAGAUCCUGCGGAACAGAGUGGAGCUACUGGAGCAGAAACUGGAGAUGGUUCUUGCACCGUUCUCCACUCUCUUUCCUCCAGAGGAGGGCGAUAAAAAUGGCUACCUGUUUGACAGAACCAACUUUCUGUCUGAUGAAACCAAUUUCUUGUCCCAUUCGUUACGGCAGCUGGACCGAAUCGACUCCCUAAGCGAGCAGGUCGGCUUUCUGGAGGAGCGCCUUGGAACCUGUUCCUGUCAGGAGAACUAAACGAUUACUGAUGGACAGUCUAGAUCUCUCUCAACUGCUCAGAUCAGAACCAUCAACAGAAGCAGCCUUAAAACAUCUCAUCCUUCUCAUCCUCAUUCAAACCACAGGAUGAAGAAAGAAGCAUCUUGGUUUCUAACAUCCUGGAAACCCCCAGAAUGCACAUUAUAAAUCAACCGUUCAGUGAAAAAUGUAGCUUCUUCUAUUUUCAGCAGUGGAGCUAAAGGGCUAAUAUAGCUAACUUGAUAUUAAGGAGGCCUUGUUAAAAUACUUGAGUAAUAGUACAGUAUUUUUUUACUGCAUUUUACAUUAGUACUAAUCAUAAAAACAAGAGCAUUUUACCACAUUAAAACCACGGUUUGUCAAUUCACAUUUAUGUUUUUAUGGUUAGCAUGUUUUAGCACAGUUAAAGCUAACGUAUUAAGAAUUGGUAUUCCUGGGCUCCACUAAAGUUAAGUAGUGGAAUUUUCACUUUGAGCCAAACUUUGAUAAGGACACACUUAACACAUGCAUUUCUGGACAAGCUGAGAGUUACAGAGCCAUUACUAAAAGUGAAGAAGCAUGCGGACCGAGGCGGAAAGGUAAUAUUACAGAAUUUUGCACAAAUAUAACUUGUGUUAUACAGCAGUACGCACUUCUGGAGAGUGCUGUCUGCCCACUUCACCAGAGUUACAGAGCACAGUUAGCCGAGCAUGCCGAACCUGGAUUAGCAAUGAGAGAGCCACUAUUCCAUACAUUUCACACAUUACCUCAUAGUAGUUUGGUUAGUUUACAGUUAGCUUCUGUCAGUCAGUUUAGUGGUGUGAUUUUGUUUUAUAUUUUUUUAAAUACACAACUUGAUUAAGUUUGUUUGGAUUAAAUUUUGUUAUUUUUGGCCUUUUUAUGUUUACAUCCAUAUAGCAUUUAUUUUAAUGCUAAUUUUUUUACUCUUAUUCAUAAAUAUAAGAUCCUAUUUUAGUUUUUUUUUUACAAUUUUAGUACACAAUACACAAGUAUUGCCCAUAAUAGUACCUAAACGAUUACUGAAAUACAGUUUCUCUGCAUUAUUUCAUCCCUGCAGUAAAAUUAAAAACUGAAAUUAUACUACUGGUUGGCUAAUAUUGAAAAACUGCAGCUUUAUCAGAAUUAGCCUCGUAGCUCCAGUGCAAAAGUAAAGAAGCAAGAAGUAACUUCAGACAUGUUGGCCGAUCUGUUAUAUUUGAAAUAUAUUUGGAAAUGCAGGAAAUGGUGACUUGAUGUUUUGCUGCCUGCUACUAUCUUACUUUAAAGGCAUUUUAGCGAUAAAGGUUUCUUUAUCCGAAUUAUAAGGAAUCAAUAUGUCCUGACGUUGCCAAAGUAUCGAUAGCUUACUGCUACAUGUGAGUGUUUAGCUGUGUUUUUGUUAGCCAUUAGCAUUUUAGGCUGAUAAAGCAGAAGGCUACAUUAUAAACAUUGAUUCAGACUUGACUGGGUGUCUUCCUGCCUCAGAAUCCGACCUUAAAAGGCUGUAUAUCUUAUCUUUCAGGCACAGUAUGAGCAGUUCUGCUUAAGAGUUCUGCUCGAGCCAAAUACUCAUGGAUACGACCUCCUUCCACUAUUCCUAAACCUGUGAUAUCUCUUUGUGUUUUACGUCUAGGAGGAAGUGCAGAUGUGUGUAUAUAUAUAUUGUGUAUGUUUCUGUGUGUACGGCAAAGAAGAGCCAAUCACUGUAUUUAUUGUAAUUAUAAAUAGCUGCUUGUAUAUAGAGUUAUUAUUUUGUAUUAAAGGAGACCUCUGUGUUUAUUCUUUUAUUAUUCUUUAUUAUUGUAUGCACUUUUUUAAUGAUUCUUUUGUAAUAAAGCCGGUUUGUUAAGAAAGA